GCUAUUCGGCCAAAACUAGAUGCAGAAUUGGAUAAAUUAUUAAAACAAGGGGUCAUUGAGCCAACAGAUUUCGCCAAAUGGGAGACGCCCAUUGUCACACCCCUCAAAAAAGACGGUAGCCUGAGAAUUUGCUCGGACUACAAGACCACAAUUAAUAAGUUUUUACAAGUUAGCGCUUACCCAGUGCCCGUCAUUCAGCAUUUAUUACACACUUUUGAACCUGGCAGCAUUUUUGCCAAAUUGGACAUGUCUCAAGCGUAUCAACAGUUCCCUGUUGACAGCCAAACAGCGGAACUCCAGACCAUUGUCACCCACAGGGGUGCUUUCCGGUGCAAGCGUCUCCAAUUUGGCGUAAGUGUUGCCCCAGGCAUUUUUCAAUCCCUCAUGGAGCGGAUUUUGCAGGGCCUCCCUGGUGUAGUACCCUACUUCGACGACAUCUUAGUCUUGGCCAGGGACAGACCCCAACUCUUCCAGAGAGUUCGAGCAGUGUUAGAGAGGUUCAGACAGCAUGGCCUCAAAUUAAAAAAAGAAAAAUGUGCCAUUGCCACUAGACAGGUGGACUUUCUGGGUUAUAAAAUUGACGCCUCAGGCAUUCACCCCCUGGAGUCCAAGGUUAAGGCAAUUCACGAGGCACCCACUCCAACCUCCAAAACUGAACUGCAGGCCUUCUUGGGGCUAUUGAACUUUUACGCGUCCUUCCUGCCCCAUAAAGCAUCAGUGGCAGAACCCCUGCACAGACUGUUGGAUAAAAAAUCACCUUGGCACUGGGGUCACAAAGAAGACUCCGCUUUUCGCGCCGUCAAAUCACUACUCACGUCAGAGGCGGUCCUUAUUCAGUUCGACCCCAACCUUCCAUUAGUGCUAGCAGCAGACGCAUCCCCUUUUGGAAUUGGGGCAGUAUUAAGCCAUAGGCUCCCCAAUGGCUCCGAGGCUCCCAUCGCUUUUUUCUCCAGGACGCUCUCUGCAACAGAGCGCAAUUAUAGCCAGAUCGAUAAGGAAGCUCUAGCAGCUGUUGCAGCAGUGAAGAAAUUUCACGAAUUUCUCUUUGGCCACUUUUUCGAGCUGGUCACGGAUCAUAAGCCUCUCCUGGGUCUACUAGCUGGGGACAAACAGACCCCUCAAGUCCUUUCUCCUAGAAUGACGAGAUGGACCCUUUUCCUAGCGGCAUACUCGUAUAGACUCAUACACCGCCCAGGUAAAACAUUGUCCCACGCAGACGCUCUCUGUCUGCUGUGGGGCACUCGAGUGGUCAUCCCGACCUCACUGCGUACCCGAGUUCUGGAGGCGUUGCACGAGGGGCACCCUGGCAUCGUCAGAAUCAAGGCAUUAGCACGCAGCUAUGUAUGGUGGCCGGGCCUCGACGAGGACAUCAUCAGAUGGGUAAGCUCCUGCAAUCCCUGCCAGGAAUCCCGUCCAGCUCCUCCUAUUGCCACCCCUACUAAGUGGGAAAGCGCCAGCGCUCCGUGGUCCAGAAUUCACAUCGACCUAGCCGGCCCAUUGCACGGGAAAAUGUUCCUAGUGGUCGUGGACUCCUACUCUAAAUGGAUUGACGUGGCACAACUAUCCACGACCACCACACUAGCGAUUACCAAGGUAUUAACUCGCCUGUUUGUAACACACGGGCUGCCUGACUCCAUUGUUUCCGACAAUGGCCCACAGUUCGCAUCAGCCGAGUUCAGCCGUUUCGCUGCCAACCUGGGCAUCCGCCACAUCUUCACGGCCCCAUUUCAUCCUGCCAGUAACGGAUUGGCUGAAAGAGCCAUUAGGACCACUAAAGAAGCCCUAGCUAGGUUCAGCAAGGAUGACUGGCACCACAAACUCUCGCGUUUCCUGAUGAGCCAGCACUCAACUCCGUGCUCAGUCACUAAUAAGUCCCCAGCUGAGCUCCUGAUGGGCAGGUGCCUGAGGACUGUA